AUGGCCUACAGCAAGCUCUACAAGAACAGCGCGUACUUCAGCCGCUACCAGACCAAGUACCGCCGUCGCAGAGAGGGAAAGACCGACUACUAUGCUCGUAAGCGCCUGAUCACCCAGGCCAAGAACAAGUACAAUGCCCCCAAGUACCGCCUCGUUGUGCGCUUCACCAACCGCGACAUCAUCACCCAGAUUGUCUACUCUGAGAUCUCCGGUGACAAGGUCUUCGCCAGCGCCUACUCUCACGAGCUCAAGCGCUAUGGAAUCACCAACGGUCUGACCAACUGGUCUGCCGCUUAUGCCACCGGUCUGCUCCUUGCUCGUCGUACCCUGAAGAAGCUUGGUCUCGACGAGGAGUUCACCGGUGUUGAGGAGGCCGAUGGCGAGUUCACCAUGACUGAGGCCGUCGAGACCGACGAGGGCACUCGCCGCCCCUUCAAGGCUUUCCUUGAUGUCGGUCUUGCCCGCACUUCCACUGGUGCCCGUGUUUUCGGUGCUAUGAAGGGUGCCUCGGAUGGUGGUAUCUUCAUCCCCCACUCCGAGAACCGUUUCCCCGGCUUCGACAUUGAGUCUGAGGAGCUCGACGCUGAGACUCUCCGCAAUUACAUCUUCGGUGGCCACGUCGCCGAAUACAUGGAGGGUCUUGCUGAUGACGACGAGGAGCGCUUCCGUGGCCAGUUCCACAAAUACACUGAGGCUGGUAUUGAUGCUGGUGACAUUGAGGAGCUCUACACUGAGGCCCACAAGGCCAUCCGUGAGGACCCAUUCAAGAAGGAUGAGGAGGCCGGUCCGAAGAAGUCCAAGGAGGAGUGGAAGGCCGAGAGCAAGAAGUACCGCGCCAACAAACUGAACCGCGCGGAGAAGAAGGCCCGUGUUGAGCAGAAGAUCCGUGAGCUUGCCGCUUAA